AUGGUUUCUUUCUGGCCCUUCAAGGUGCGCUACGCCUCGUCCACUUACUCCUCUCUGCACUCUGCUGACAUGCGACCAUCAGNNGGUCACGACUCUACCUCGGCAGCGUCAUUCGAAAAGCUGCUCUCUUCCCUCUCGUCCAAGAUCAAUAAAGAGACCGCCCGCAACGAUCGUCUGCACCAGGGACAGCGUCGCUACAAAGUACUAUGGACCUUGUACACCACCUUUGCCUACCUACUCGCUGCAACCAUCCUCAUCCUAGUCACUGGCCUGUCAAACUGCACCGCUGUAGAGUACACUGGUCUGGCCGCAUCGCCUGUCCUCAUCUACGGUGUCAGAACUGCCCUUGACGCAUACUUCAACUACCGCCUCGCCUCCUCCCAGUCCUACCUCAACGCCCUGAACAAACAACGCGACGAUGCAAUCUCAAAACUCAAGGAAGCCACAAAGUACAACUCCACCCAGCAGCUGCUGGACAAGUACGGUGGCACUCCCACAAAGUCGCCCCAGCAAAAGACAAGACAGCAACAAGACACCCCCACAAAGAAGCAGCAAUCCGCCCCCGUCAAGCGAACCGGUCUACCUCCUCCACCCACCGCAAACAUCCCAGGCCGCCAACUGCCUCCAUCUUUCCAACCAAUCACCCCUCCUCAACAACCCUCUCAAUUCCAAUCUCUUCCGCCGCAGCCCCAAACCUCUCGCCCCGAACCACAAGCCGACUUCGCACCAAAUGCCUUCACGGCACCUACCCCACGCGACACAAACCCCUAUGCCUCUUCUGGCCCUCGCUGGUACGACAGAAUCCUCGACAUUGUCCUCGGCGACGACGAAACCCUCCCCAAAAACCGCAUCGUGCUACUGUGCCGCAAGUGCCGCUUGGUAAACGGUCAAGCCCCUCCUGGAACACGAUCCCUGGAAGACUUGGGUACAUGGAGAUGCAAGGAUUGCCAUUCUCUCAAUGGCCAAGAGCUGGAAGCCAAAGCAAUGAUUAGGGAGAUUGCUGGCGAGUCCACUGUCAAGGAUGGAGCAAAGGAGAUGCAGGAGGUUCAAGGAGCGGAUAAGAUGGUCGAAGACGAUGAUGAGCAAGAACGGCUCGAAGAAGACGAAGAUGAGGUAAUCUCUGCACCUGCCACGUCUACUAGAAGCAAAGUCAGGCAGCGCAAAAAGUAG